CACUCCAGGACGGCAGAUGGCGGUGUUUCGCAUCUGAGCUGACUUACCAAAAAGAAGAAGAAAGGGUAGAGAAGAAACAGCUAGCAAGCAAACAAAUUGUUUAAUGUUACUCACGAAGUUGAAAGGCGUAAAUUAUCUUUGAGUCUGUCACUCAGACAGCUCAGUGGGACAUCCAAAGUUGCUACUGAGAAAUAUACUGUAUGUAAAGUGGGAGUCUUUAGAAGGAAUGAGCGUCACGUAUUGAGGAAAUCGAGCAGAAAAAGUAGCUAUCUGGAGUGCUAACCGCUGUCAUCCUCAUCAAGGAGAGUUCUUUGUUUUGUUUCUCAGAUCCGAGUAAUCAUGGAACGAAGCUAGUUUAUUUUUUACUGUUGCCACUUAACAUGUUUGCAGGAGUUGACUAAGCAUGACAGAAAUGUUAUUGUUGAUAUAAACCCGAGUAGUCGAUCAUUCCUGGGACUAAACUAACAUUAGCCGACCCAGAGCAAGUUUAGCAGCAUAGUUGUGAUUUUUAACGUCGGCCCUGAAAAGGACUGGAGGCACGGAAAUAUGGGCAACUGUCUGAAGUCCCCAACAUCCGACGACAUCUCUCUGCUCCAUGAGUCCCAGUCAGACAGGGCGAGUUUCGGCGACGGGACAGAUCCCGAUCUGGAGCCGCCUCCUCCGUACCAGGAGCAGGCUCACAUGCCCAUGUACCAUCCAACACCCAGUCAGGCCCGUCUGGCCACCCAGCUGACGGAGGAGGAGCAGAUCCGCAUAGCUCAGCGCAUCGGCCUCAUCCAGCACCUCCCAAAGGGCGUUUAUGAUGGAGGACCAGACGGUUCAGAGAAGAAGAUCAGAGAGUGUGUGAUCUGUAUGCUGGACUUUGUUUACGGAGACCCCAUUCGGUUUUUGCCAUGUAUGCACAUCUAUCACAUGGAUUGUAUAGACGACUGGCUGAUGAGAUCCUUCACCUGCCCCUCCUGCAUGGAGCCUGUGGAUGCCGCCCUGCUCUCCACCUACGGACCAACCGACUUCUCCCCCGAUGCUUAGGUCAAACUCAACCCCUUCCCCCCCCCACCACCGCAGCAAACCCCAAACCUAACAGCUGCCCUCUUGUGGAGUGAGAGGAGUUCAGAGAUGUAUCGUUUACCUUGCACUUUGGAAAUUUCAAAAAAAAAAAAAAAAAAAAAAAUUUACUUGCCCAAUGUUGGCCUUUCAUUCUUCCGAGGUCUGAUGCUAAUUUAAGCUGGUCUUAAAACAUCAGUUAGGAGUCAGAAACGGUUCCCCUGCAUGAUUGUGCUUAUGUGUGUUUGUUUCGCCCAGGUUGUGUCGCGUGUAGCAGCAGGUUAAAGAACACAUUGGAAUUGUGAUUGUGUGUGUGUGUGUGUGUGUGUGUGUGUGUGCGUGAGUGUGUGUGUGUGAGAGCUCUGUGGUAAAUGAACAUUUUCACUUGAGCUGGUCUCGCUUCACCAUAACUUUUGUCACUUGAUCAGAAAAAAUGGAUUCAAAUGAACGUAUAGUUUACCAAAUUACUGACUCUUAAGCUUAACGAUUGGAACAUGUUUCUGCAACACUGAUCUCCUUAACAUGCUCCAUCUUAAAAAGGCCCUGUCCUUCCGUGGUAUGCAAAUACUAAGACAUACACUUGUCAAGUCCAGAUUCCAAACAAUACACAUAAAUAUAACAUAAGUCACUCAGUAUAAUAGACUGCAUCUUUGUUACAUGAAUGUUGCACCAGAUGAUGUUCAGGUUGUCUGUCAAGGGCUGAUUUGUGCAUGGACAAGGACUGGGAGGAGUCAGUCAAACUUUAGAAACGCUUGCACACACCUUUCAUCUGAUCAGAGAUUUGCACUUUACUUAUAGGACAUUAUCUAAAACGGCAUAUUAAUAUAUUUACCUUAUAACCUUGCACUAUCAAAACUUUCUUUUAUCUCCUGAGACGCAGGAGUUAUAUAGUGGAUAAAAGAUAUUUCCCUACUGUCUGUAGUGAGUAAGCCUGAAGAUGCAUUUCAUAAAAUCUAUGAUCCAGCAGUGUGAACGUCUGUUUUUGUUUUUCGUAUUUUAAUUUUCCUUUUUUUUUUCUUUUUUUUUUUUUUUUAAGACAAGGGACAGAGGCUUGCUUGAGGUGAAGGGAGUAGUUUGACACUUUCAGAUCAGGAGUUUCCUGAAAGAGGUGUCAGGCAUGUGCUGCAGACAAGCGUGUGCUUUUGUAGCAAACAAAUAAAAAUGAAUAUAUUGACUUGUCAAAGUGUAAAAUAAAACAGCACCAUCCAUCUGUCAGCCAGAUGUUUAUUAUGAUUUUGAUUUGUUCUCUUUUUGUUUUUCAUCCGUGUUCUUCAUUGUGUGUUUUUUUGUUUUAAGUUUGAAGGAGUCUUUUCUUGUGCAUUCAGUCUUCUUCUAGAAACUAGUUAUUUUAAUUGAGAUGCACUAAUCGGCAUUUUUCUGACCAAUACAGAUUUGCAGGGUCUUUUGUGUUGCCCUGUGAUGAACUUGUGAACACCACCUCUCACCUAAUGACCACUAGGGAUAGACAGGAGCUCCCACUUUGCCCUCCUUGUGUAAAAAUAUAUCGACCGUGUAUAGGUGGAUGCUUUUUUUUUUUUUUUGGAUUGUAGAACUUGAUACAGCCAUUUGUUUUGAGCCCAACAGAAGGUUAUGGUAUGACAGUGUAAUCCUAAUUUGUGCAAUAAAGCGUAUAUGGGCAAAAAAAAGUGCAUCAAAAUACAGCAUAUUAGUUGAUUUGUUAAUUGAAUUGUGAGAGUUCUUGGUUUUGAUGCAUUUAGGAAAAACAAAUGCUUCAGUAAUUGACCUGCCAAUCAUUAAUCAAAGCUGAUCAAGGGAAAAUUGACUGAUGGGUGCAUCUCUACAUCUCGGCAAUUUAACUUAAACUUUUCACGUGUUUAACAUAAGAAGCUAGAUUCAUUUAUUAAACACAAAUGUUUUGUUUUACUCUAAGUCCCUGUAGCAGUAGUUACCAUAGUUCAUCUGAUUUGUAGCUAUAUGAAAUUGUUGUUUUUUUUUUUUUGUCUUUUUCAGUUUAACUGUGUUUUUAUUUCACAUUUGUGUUAAAUCCACUGCACAUUUAGUACAUUUACUAGCUAGCUUGUACACUGUUUUUAUGUGCAAACCUCUGUCCCAGAAUUGAGACUUCUUUUGUGGUGUAAGAGGUAAAAAUGAGACGUAAUGAUUUCCUCUUGCUUUUCCUUUAUUGUUUUUUUCAGUUUUAACUUUAUUCUGAGCAUUUCUUGUAAUCGUUUUAUUUCUGUCCCUUUGGAAAGGCUAAGUCUUUGUGUAAACAAUAAAUUGGUGAGAAACUA